CUAUAAGACAGUGGAUAAUGUUCUUAAUGCUACCGUACAUUGGAUAUGAAAUGAUUAUAGGUAUGUUGUUAGCAGCAUUUUAUGUAGGAUCAAAAAUGUUUGAAAUUUUCGGGCGUGGAAAAUCGUUAAAAAAAGCUGUAGUACAUUUUGUGCGAAAUGCGGACUAUGAACAUAAACCUACUAAAGCUGAAAUUGAAAGUGCAGGUUCAAUUUGUCCUAUUUGUCAUGACAACUACAAUAAUCCCAUCGCUUUAGAAUGUGGUCAUAUAUUCUGUGAUGAUUGUGUAAACACAUGGUUUAAAAGGGAGCAAACUUGUCCCAUGUGUAGAUCAAAGCAAAGUGAGGACAAAACAUGGCAGGACGGCGCCACAAGUUUAUUCUAUCAAAUAUUCUAAAUUAAAUUUGUUUAUAUUAGUAUUAUAUUUAGUUAUAAAAUAGCUAUAUAUAUAUAUAUUUUAUAAAGAACUGAAAGGAAAGGGAUAUUCAUGUAACUUAGAAGAUAACAUUUUAAAAUUGUUGUGAUUAUGUAGCUAUAAUUUAACAUAGGAAAUUGUAAUAUAUAAAUAUAUAUAUAUAUAUGUAUACA